AUGGCUGCCGGAAGGUUGCUGCUCUACACGGGCCUCUCGCUAGCGCUCUGCGCCCUCGGCAUGCUGGCCGUGGCCAUCUGCUCCGACCACUGGUACGAGACGGACGCCAGGAAGCACAGGGACAGGUGCAAGGCCUUCAACACCCGCCGGGUCGACCCUGGCUUCAUCUACAACAACAACAACAACUUGCCGCUCCGCGCGAGCCGCUCGCGGCUGGACCGCUGGGAGGGCAAGCUCCUGCGGGCCCGGAACCGCCGGCAGCUCUUCGCCAUGAGCCCCGCGGACGAGUGCAGCCGGCAGUACAACUCCACCAACAUGGGCCUCUGGAGGAAGUGCCACCGGCCGGGCUUCGACCCCGAGAUCGCCGCGCUCAUCCGGAAAGGAGAAAUUGAGAGAUGCACUUACAUCAAAUACCACUACUCCUCAGCAACCAUCCCCAGGAACCUCACUUUCAACAUCACGAAGACCAUCCGUCAGGACGAGUGGCACGCCCUGCACCUGCGCAGAAUGACGGCCGGCUUCAUGGGCAUGGCGGUGGCCAUCAUCCUCUUCGGCUGGUAUUCGGGUGUGCUGGGCUGCUGCUGGGACCGAGGCCUUAUGCAGUAUGUCGCGGGGCUCCUCUUCCUCAUGGGAGGAACCUUCUGCAUCAUUUCACUGUGCACCUGUGUGGCUGGGAUCAACUUCGAGCUGUCACGCUAUCCACGCUACCUGUAUGGACUCCCCGAUGACAUCAGCCACGGCUAUGGAUGGUCCAUGUUCUGUGCGUGGGGGGGCCUGGGGCUCACACUCAUCUCGGGAUUCUUCUGUACCUUGGCCCCUUCUGUCCAACCUGUCCCGAGGACCAACUGCCCUAAAUCCAGACCCGAGAACGGGACAGUGUGCUAA